CGCUGCAGCAGAAGCAGAGCCUGCGCGCGCUGAGAAGCUGAACCCGGACGGGAGAGCGGGCAGGUGGUGGCGAGAGCUUCCCGGGUCUCCGCCCGCCCGCGCCUGCUGCCUGGCUCGCUUUGCUGCCUGCCAGCCUCUGCCGCCGCCCGCCCGCCCCCCAGGCAGGCGCCGCCGCUUUCCCUUUCUGUUCUCUCCUCCGCUUGGAAGCGAAAGGAGGGCGCGCGAGCGAGGAGAGGGAUCCGCAGAGAGGGCGCCUGGAGAGGAAUCAUGGAAGGUGCCUCCUUUGGAGCCGGCAGGGCAGGCGCGGAGGUGGAUCCCUUGGAGUUCCUCCGACGGCCUCAGACGAUCCUGAGGAUCAUUUCGGGGGUUUUCUCCAUCGUUGUCUUUGGCUCCAUCAUCAACGAGGGUUACGUCAACGAUGGCAGCACUUCGGUGCUGCACUGCGUCUACAACAACAACGAUGACGCCUGCUACUAUGGAAUCGCCAUUGGCCUCAUUGCCUUCUUAGCCUGCAGUUUCUUCUUGGUAGUGGACCUCUACUUCCAGCAGAUCAGCAGCGUGAAGGACAGGAAGCGUGUUGUCCUCUUUGACCUUGGCUUCUCAGGGUUCUGGUCCUUCCUGUGGUUUGUGGGCUUCUGCUUCCUGGCCAACCAGUGGCAGAGGACACCAUGGAGCAAUGCGGCACACUACGCAGCUGAUGCGGCCAGGGCGGCCAUUGCCUUCUCGUUCUUCUCCAUCAUCUCCUGGGUUGCCCUGGCCCUCAAGGCGCUCCAAAGAUACCGGCUGGGAACCGACAUGUCGCUGUUCGCCACGGACCAGUUCCCCACCGACCCCAGCGCGGCCUACCCAGGCUACCCUACCGGCAGUGGUGUGGAGAGCACAGAAACCUACCAGAGCCCCCCCUUCUCGGAGACCCUAGACACCAGUCCAAAGGGCUACCAGGUGCCGGCUUACUGAAGGGCAGGAAGGAGUCCUCUCCCUCCCUCAAGGUUGUAUAGCAAAUGGGAACCCGGCCCACAGAAAUGGGCCAACUUUCCCUUUCAUGGUGCAGUAUAGUCAGCUGGUUGGUUGCAAGUGUAUUCUAAAGUACCUUUUCUUUUUUAAAAACAAAAAAAAAUUGAUGUGGCAAGUUAACGUAACUGGGUUCAACUUACUCUUAGCUAAUGGUGCAGUGAAUUCUCUACAGUGGUAUUGGUUCUUGUCUUACCUGUCUGAGGAUAUUUUUUGAUUUAUUUUUUAAAACAACAACAACAGUGUUCCCUCUAAGCAUGAAACGUUAGGAUGGUUGCUACCAACUCCCAUCUUUGUGAGCCAUCCCUGCGAUCUUGGCUCGUUGUGGCAUUUUUUCUCAAUUCGCACACAGAAGCUGGCAAUAGCGCAGCCUGUUAAGAGACGUCCCACUCCUUACACA